AUGUCCGGCUUUCUGUACGAAGCUACGACCCCGUGCCCUUCAAGGACGAGCGCUUCAAUCUUCAGCCGCGGUAGCGACAGAUGCUCGUCCGACAGCAUGUGGGAAGAUAGCCUGGGCAACUGGGACGAUACUGCUAAUGUCGAGUUCACGACCGAAAUCAAACAGUCAGUUCUCACAGGGGCAAAGCCCAGACGAAGAACUAAGACAAGUACAUCUUUUGCUAUUCACGAAGACCUUGGAGGGAAACCUACACAGCCCACAUACAAACCGAAGCGGGAUUCAAGUAUAGCAGCACCAACCACGAGCCGCAAGACAUCCUUACUUGCGCAGCCAGCUCAGAGAUUUCGUCCCAAAGUCAGCUUCGGUCCGAGUCCAGACACGCAGUUGCGACAAGAAGGGUUGGCUCACAAGUCAACAACUAAGAGAACGGACACAGAGAAGAACAACGCGCUUUUAAUGCGGAUAAAUGGAGCAGAUGGUCAGGGGAAAGUAAAGGAAAGCCUCAAAAUGGAUGUGCGCCGUAAUACGGUUUAUAUUCCCCCGGAUGAUGGUACAGUGGCCAGCGUUUUCAUGGGUCUCUUUAGCCCGCUCAAAUCGGACGACUUUGAGAAGUGUAUGAAUGAAGAUACUCAAGUCAACAGCUUGGAGUCACAAAUUGCCAGGAAGCGACAAGCUAAGCGGUCUCUCGCCUCGUCUGCCCAACGGGCCCCAUUACGACCCAGCUCUAAAGUAAUGCAGGAGUCCUGCAUUCAUCACGAUAUUGCCGGGAAGAAUGGCGGAAAGGAAAAUGUACCUCCAGGAACAGUCAUAGCUGAAGGCAAGAAAGGAAAUCAGCCCUUAAAAAUCAAGGGGGAUUUGGGAAGCCGCCUUAAUGCUCCUCCGAUGGCGGCUAGAAGAGCUGGUGCUACAAACGCCCCUGCGAAGCCUACAUCCAAGCCUCUAUCUACCAAGACAAACAACCCACUUCAUAGGAGCAAUGUACUGAGCAACAGCCAGAACAGCACUAAAUCACAACAGAACAAACCCGAGCACAAUCGUACCAUGAAGCCAAGUUUGACAUCAGAAUACAACCGACUCGGUUCUAUGCGAAGCCCAAACUCAUCUACACCCCGAAAGCCAUCGAAAACAAGCACAAUACUCAAGCCAACUACUUCGCGCAGUAAUGUGAAGCCUAUCGCAAAGGAAUGUCCAAUUAUUCUUGACAGCAUCACAAACCCGGCACUGUACGAAGAGAAUUGGCUCUCGCACCAGGAGGUGGCAAUAACACAGUUGGUGAAUGAAUUGCUCCGAUGUACUUAUGAGGAGUCGGAGAUUGACAACCAUACCAUGCUUCGACAUGAGCUCCUCGCCUUGUACCAGGGAGAAUCUUUUGCAUACCUCCACAAACGUCUCCAAGCAUCAUUGUUAUACGGCGCAAUGAGUAUACCGAAAGACGUACUCAUGCGCAGUAGCCGUCUUCACAAUGAUCUGGGCUUAAAACGAAAGUUUUUGGAUAUUUGGAUCAAGACCUACGAUCCACGAGCAUUGCGAGCCGCAUUGGAAGCAGUCACUGGAAGGAAGAUACCUACCCCCAAGUUGGUUCAUGAAAGCGAUACCUCGGAUAACGACAAGGCGAUGAAACGCAGGUUGGAAGGAUUUCUAGACGCAUUCUUGUUACAAAACCAGGAUAUUAACCAUCAAGAAAAGACCUGUGUUGGAGAGGAUGGCGGUGCAGCUGGCCGGACCUACCGUCGGACUGUUCUUCGAAGCAUAAUGAUGGUCAUCCUUCUGGACAAGGCAAGAAUGUGUCAAGGGACCGCCGUUCCCCGACGCCUUUUCCUCUCUUCGUCACCCGUCAAGUCCUCCGUUGCAGUUCUCCAGGCACUGGGUCGGUUUCUGCUGCCAUCAUGCGGAGAUAUGAUCAAAGCAUUGAGCCAUCUGGACUGUGAACUGAGUUAUGAGCAGCAUCCAUUGGAGGAAUAUGACUACCGGGUCGACAACCUUGCUGUAGAUCUCCGGGACGGUGUGAGGUUGACAAGGGUUGUGGAAAUUUUCCCGCUUUCGAGUCAUCUGAAGUUCCCAUGCAGAAGUCGCGCAGUAAAGCUUUUCAACAUCAAAAUUGCCCUGGAUGCGCUAGCUUCUGAACCAGGAACAAGGAAGCUCGCGAAAGACAUACGCGCGGAAGACAUCGUCGACGGACAUCGCGAGAAGACUAUUGCGUUGUUGUGGAAGCUGGUCAGCACAUGGGGUCUUGCUGGAUUGGUGGACUGGACAGAAGUCAGGAAGGAGAUUGAAAGACUCAGGCAGAAAGCCGCUCUUCACGCUGGUCACGGGGAUGCUGAGGACAAUAUUUGGCACGACAUGUGCAUAAACAGGAACGACGAGAGCGACGAACCAACCUUGCUGCUUAAGCAAUGGGCAUCUACUCUAGCACAUCUGAAGGGCGUACCACUCGACAAUCUAAGCACUAGCUUUAGCGAUGGCAAGAUAUACGAAAGUAUCAUUGACGAAUACGAGGGAUAUAUCGUGGAUCGCCCCGAGAGUUAUAGCAGAACAGCAUCUCUAGAUUCGCGCCUUCGAGCACUGGGAUGCAGUGCACAAUUCGGUGAGUUUACCAAAGACCUUACUCCCUUCACAGCGACUAACAUUGACCAGCCAAACUCGUGGCCCCCUCUUCGGAGACUCGUAUCGUCGAUAGCGAUUUUACAAUCGGAGCACUCGCGUUCCUUUGUUCGCGGCUUCUGCCCGCUACGAAACGCGCGCGAGCCGCGACAGUACUUCAGUCGGCAUGGCGACGGAUCCUUACGCGUCGAGACGAUGAGCGCCGAGCCGUCGCAAGGGACAUUGCCAGACAAUGCGCCGCAGUUGUACAAACUCAGCACCGGAUCCUAUGGGCGAAGGAAGUGA